UACCGUUAACUUACUGGAACAAGAAGAGAACCGUCUAGCUGGACUUGUUAUAAACGAUGACAAAUAGCUUUGUGCCCGCUCACUUUGCUUAUUCAAAUACAUAAACCUCUCAUGUCCUCUUCGCCUUCUUCUUUCUUCGUUUGUGACUGUUAUUAUUGCGUAAUACACUUGAAGUUUGGUGUUACAAAUGUCUAGAGACUACGAGAAACGCACCCGCUCAAGGUCACGUGACCGACACAGAGAUCGUGGUGACAUAUAUACGCGUUCACGGAGAUAUGAAGAUCGCAGAGAUCGUGACUACGGUCAUGAUUACAACGAAAGAGACGUGGACAGAGACAGGCAUCGAUAUGAUAGAGAGAAUAGAGAUCGCGAUGUCCGAAGGAGACGUGAACGCAGCUAUAGCGCGGAAAGACGGAGACAUUCACGUUAUCGUAGUCCUGAAACUGAGGAAGAGGUCAUAGAGUAUGUGGAAGAAACACCAGCUGAACCUGAAACAGAGGAGGAAGCUGAGAUGAUGCGGACGAUGGGGUUCUGCACUUUCAACACGACAAAAGGGAAGCGUGUGGUGGGGAACACUGUUUACAUAGCCAAUAUAACAAAACAGCGGAAGCACCGUUAAUAUAUACUAACAGCGAGGAGGUUUUAAUCGACCUCAUGACCCUUUUGCUUACAUACUGUGAUAAUGGUUGUGUUGUGUGUAUUACUGUUUGCGUCUCAAGACGCUACUCAAAACGAAAGGUUGUCAACAAAAGAUUUGUAUAUAAUAAAAUUCUAACAUAUUUUGUAA